UCAAUAAUGAUGCAUGACAACAAUCGUUUAGUUAGACACUAUUUAUUUUGUCAAAUGUCGUAAGUCAUCAUGUUCACCCUCCCGCCGCUCCCGCCCAAGGACUACGUCCUCAAGGACGUCAACCAGAACCAGCGCUCCGUCCAGGAGUUCACCCCCAUCGCGCUCCCCCGAAUCACCCAGAGCAACCUCCUGAAAUACUGCGCCCCCAUCGACUACCAAGAAAACGAGAAACUCUCCGACCUGAAAAUCGACCACUCGGUCAACCCCCAGCUCCUGGAGCGAUGGACCGACAACGUGAGGGCCUACUGGGUGGACAAGCCCGGCAAGAACGACUACUUCCUGCACGACAUCUUCAAGAAGUACAGCGUGGAGGUGGUGCCGAGCUACGACGACAGGUUCAAGCACAACGAGCGGGUUUUUUAUCGGUCUUUCAUUUACGAGCUGGACUGCAUGGAGGACGAACGGCUGAAGAAGUUGUACAAGAAGAUGGACCGCGAGGAGAAGGAGGAGUUGGAGAAGUACAAAAUCAUCGAGGAGAAAAAUACAAAGAACUUGGAUGGUUCGCCCUGUAAGAGCGAGAUUCCGUUUUGGUGGAGGCAGGAGGUGGGUGAAGAAGUGGGGGAAGACGUGGCUCCGAAGACGAAAGGGGUUGAGGUGAAGUAUGACUAUACGGGGAUGCGGUGGCAGGAGGAACCGAGUUUGACGGAGUAUGCUAAGAUGGGUCCUUGCAAAAGGAGGGGCGAAAUGGCCUUCUCCCUCUUCCCCCUUUGCCCUUUUCCAGGGUCGGCAAGCCCUUCCGCAGCGAGGCCUGCAACUGGUACUACAGCCACUAUCCUCCCCCCAACAUCCGCUUCGUCCACAAAAGAUUCACCUAACACCAACAAUGAUAAAUAAAAAAUUCCCUAGCACCACCUUUGUUUCACUCACUGACAUUUCAACCCCAAACUAAAUUAAAAUGUCAAAAUAGCUCCAAAAUUAUC